AUGGCUCCUCAUCCCAACCUCGAUGACAACGGUCCUGCGGUCGAGACACCCCUAAGUGUCAAUGGCAGCAAGCGUGCGCUUAUUGGUACCAGCACAGCUCCUAGCAAUGGCUCAAUCCAAGCAACAUCUAACUUCGAGUAUCAGCUCGGAGUUUUCAACAAUGUUUCUCGCUUCCUACCCGAUGAUGAUGAGAACCACCUGUUCUGGUGGAAAACUACUGGCCGCCAUUUCGCCAGAAUGAUCCAUGAGGCAAGGUAUCCAGAGCCACGUCAAGUCGAACUCCUGCUAUUCUAUCGGUUCGUCAUCGCUCCCCGCCUCGGGCCCAAGCCAACAUCAGCAGAGCCGCGGUUCAGGAGCCGAGUUGCCCCUGGUAUUGGUGACGGCUCCCCAAUCGGAUAUAGCUGGAGAUGGGGUACUGGACGCGGCAGCAAGCCACUGAUUCGACAUUAUAUUGAACCAAUGGGCCUAUUGACAGGAACAGCCGCUGACCCAUUGAACGAGUUUGCCGCCAAAGAAAUGCUGUGGCACCUGGGCAAGAUCAUCCCAUCAGCGUCAUUGCCUCUGGCGUGGAAGUUCGCUGCCCACAUCCGGCCAAAUCUGACAGAUGAGGCCGCACGACAAGCAGCGGGUUCUUCCAUGCUUGUUGGAUUGCAAUGUGCUCCAGAUUCUGAUAGUGUAGAGGUCAUGGCAGGGUUGAUGACGAAGGCACCUUCGCAAGUCAAGGAACUGCUAAACACCAUAUUUCCAAGGGCUAUGCGUGAUGCCUAUGGUGAAGAUGCAUCUUUGGAUAGCUUAAACAUCGUCCGCGAAUUUAUUGAGACGGACCCUCAUGGCCGUCACCUCACAAUGCUCGGCACGACAGCUAUUGAUUGUUGUUCAGCCGAAAGUUCACGAUUCAAGGUAUAUGUGACGACAAACAACACCUCUUUCGACCACAUUGCCGCAGUCAUGACCUUGGGUGGGCGUAAGCCAGAAUCACCCAAGUCUAUAGCCCAGCUAAAGGAGCUGUGGUACGGACUCAAAGGACUGGAGGCCGAUUUCCCAACCUCAUCCGAGCCUCCCAGUGUCACCGUCAACGGCAGUGCACAUGGACGUGCUGCCGGUGCGAAUGCCAAUAUUAGUGGAGUGACAUUCUACUUCGACAUCCAUCCCAAGUACCCUGUUCUGCACGUCAAGUUACAGGUCGAUGUCAGCAAGCAUGCAGAGACUGAUGCAGCUGCGAUUAAGGCAGUGACUAGCUUCCUAGAGCGCCGUGGCCAGGGCGACGAUGCAAGGGCGUAUAUGAAUGUGGUACACGGAAUGGUGACCGAGAAGGAGCUGGAUACGCGCCGGGGGCUGCAAGCGUUCUUUGCAUUUGCAGUCAAAAAGGGGGAGAUUGAUAUCACAUCCUACUUCUUGCCACAGAUAUACAGGAGGUUUGCGGAGACGCAGGCAGAGAUAUGCCCUACAUCACGAUCGCAACGGCGCAGUCGCUUUGAUUCCUAUUAA